AACAUUUUAUAAUUUCAUAUCCGGUUAAACACAACUAACUGUAAACAACUAAACAUAACAAAAUCUUAAUUCCAGUGCAUAAUUAUAGAAAGUGCGGGCUAAUGCUCACAUCACCCACCCCAGUCCACACUACAACAACCAGAUCUUGCAGCAAACAGAAGCUUCUCUUUACUGUCUUUUUCUCUCUUGAGAAUUCUAUGUGGAACAAAAAUCAGAGAUGAAUUUGGGAAAAGAACAAAAUAGAAGAGAGACCUUCAAACUAAUACCAUGAGAGCAGUAGCUCUAAGCAUCUUCUUCAUACUAUCACUGCAUUCAUCUUUCACAUCUCAAUUUCAAGAUUUGGUUGCCAAGGAAAACACCAGGAGAAUUCUGCAUCAACCACUCUUUCCAGUUAGUUCAACGCCGCCGCCGCCGGCCGAGCCGGUCAGUUCCAGUCCAGACCAGCCUUUUUUUCCAGAAGUCCCAACUGGGACUACACCAGAUCAGACACAUCAACCACCAUCAGCUCCAGCUAAUGGAAAUCCAGUGUCAAACUCAGUUGCCACGCAGACUGCAAAGCCAGUCAAGAAAGUGGCAAUUGCAAUAUCAGUUGGAAUUGUUACCUUGGGAAUGUUAUCCGCCUUGGCAUUUUUCCUUUACAAACGCCACGUCAAGCACCCUGAUGAAAGUCAAAAGCUAGUAGGGGGCAAUUCUCAGAGGAUCAAUGAGGAAUCAGAAAUGCCACCUUCUACUUUCCUUUACAUUGGGACAGUUGAGCCACCCGCUAAGACAUCAUCUGUGACUGAGUCCAAUGAUGCUAAUGAGUCACCUUAUCGAAAAUUGAGCUCUGUAAAAAGAUUGGAUACUAGGUAUAGGCCAAGUCCUGACCUUCAACCCCUUCCGCCACUGAGCAAACCUCCAGCCCCUCCUAGUAUGAAUUCACCAACUGCAAUGUCAUCAUCCGAUGAGGAGAGUCAUGACACUGCAUUUCAUACUCCACAAGGCUCCUCUGUUAGCAAUGAAGAAGGUUAUUGUUACACUCCGAGUUACCCAAGCAGCAACAAGAAUUGUGUCCCUUAUUCAAAGAGAACUUCUCCAAGAUCACGCCUUUCUGAUUCAUCCCCUGAUGUAAAACAUACUAUAAUACCAUCCAUUAAGCAAGCUCCAGCUCCUCCACUUCCACCGCGGCAACAACAAGGGGGUCAGUUGGAACAACUUCCACCUGAGCCUCCUUUGCAGUAUACUAAGCCGGAAUUGCCAUAUGUGCCAAAAAGGGCCAAGUUUUCAUCAGCACCUCCUCCACUAGAUAUGACAAGGCUUCAAUUGAUAAGCAACCAAGCCCAACAAAUAUCAAAAACACCACCACCACCACCACCACCACCUCCUCUUCCUCCUCCUCCGCCCCCACUUCCAUUCUCAACACCCCGUAAACCGGAAGGAUCACAAAGAAAUGUUCCUUCAACAGCUUACCCUCAAAUGGUCAAGACAGAAUCAAGGAGUCUCACUCCAAAAUCAACACCAGGGAGUGAGAAGACAAGUUCUUCUGAAGAACAAAAUGAAGGUUUCAGUUCUUUAGAAAGACAUGAAUCUGGCGAUACAGAUCCAUCCAAGCCCAAGUUGAAGCCUUUGCACUGGGACAAAGUGCGAGCAACCUCUGAUCGAGCCACAGUGUGGGACCAAUUAAAAUCGAGUUCCUUCCAAUUGAAUGAGGACAUGAUGGAGUCACUUUUUGGAUGUAAUUCAGCAAAUUCUGUACCAAAUGAAGCAACAAGAAAAUCAGUCCUUCCUCCAGUUGAGCGGGAGAAUAAGGUACUUGACCCCAAGAAGUCACAGAAUAUUGCCAUAAUGUUACGAGCAUUGAAUGUAACUAAGGACGAGGUUUCUGAAGCCCUUCUAAAUGGAAAUCCUGAAGGACUAGGGCCUGAGCUUCUGGAGACUUUCGUCAAGAUGGCUCCAACAAAAGAAGAAGAGAUAAAAUUAAGAGAGUACAGUGAAGAAGCCUCAAAGUUAGGGCCUGCAGAACGAUUCCUCAAGACAGUGCUUGAUAUACCUUUUGCCUUCAAAAGAGUAGAAGCCAUGCUUUACAGAGCAAAUUUUGAUGGCGAAGUAAAUGAUUUGAGGAAAUCCUUCCAAACCUUGGAGGUAGCUAGUGAAGAAUUGAAGAAUAGUAGACUAUUCCUCAAACUACUUGAAGCUGUUUUAAGGACAGGAAACCGCAUGAAUGUUGGAACUUAUCGUGGUGAUGCAAGAGCUUUCAAACUUGACACUCUUUUGAAAUUAGUAGAUAUAAAAGGAACAGAUGGGAAGACGACCUUGCUUCACUUUGUGGUACAGGAGAUUAUCAGGUCAGAAGAGCUGGAUUCUGAACCCCCAGGCGACGGUCUUUCUAAUAAAGUAGACAUCAAAUUCAAAGAAGUGGAUUUCAAGAAGCAAGGUUUGCAAGUUGUUUCUGGAUUAAGCAGAGAACUUGGUAAUGUCAAAAAAGCAGCAGCAAUGGACUCAGAUGUGCUGGGAAGCUAUGUCUUGAAGCUUGAAGUAGGACUUGAUAAGGCAAGAUCAAUUUUACAAUAUGAAACGGAAGGUAUGCAAGGUAGCUUUUUUGAAUCGAUGAAAGUAUUUCUUAAGGAGGCAGAAGAUGGAAUAGUGACGAUAAGGGCAGAAGAAAGAAAGGCCUUAUCUAUGGUCAAACAGGUAACAGAAUACUUUCAUGGUGAUGCUGCAAAAGAGGAAGCUCAUCCCCUCAGAAUAUUCGUGAUUGUGCGAGACUUCCUCUCCAUAUUGGAUAAUGUGUGUAAAGAUGUUAGGCGGAUGCAGGAUCAUUCAGUGGUAGGUGGUGCAAGAUCAUUCAGAAUAGCUGCAACUGCACCACUCCCAGUCUUAAACAGAUAUAAUGUGAAACAAGGAAGGAGUUCGGAUGAUGAUAGCUUAUCACCAUGAGAUUUAUGUGAAAAUAAUUCAAUCUCAUUAAUGGACAAGUACAGGAGGAGCAUGAAGACGGGGAAAGUAACACUAGUAUGAAGCAGUCUCACAUCUUCAAGGAGACAUUAACAUUUUGGUGCUAGCAGGCAAAGAUAGCAGUCAGCUCCAUGAACAAGAAGUAAUAAGUGUAGGAACAGUACAAAGAGCAGGCAGUCUAUACAUCAAACCUUCACAAAGAUACAAAAUAUUAGAAAGCGGCAUUCUAGGAUUGCAUCAAACAGGACUAGUUACUCAUAAUCAACUUUCAGUGCAGACGAAUCGAUAUGGGGUUAAGGGAUUAUUCCUUCUUUUUGUUUUUCUUUUUCUUUUUUGUCUUUUGAGACGAAUAUAGACCUAGGCACAGUCCUGUUCAUUUGUAAACAUAGUCAAGAGACAUAAAAGUAAUGCUAGGCAACAUGAUAGUCUAAUCUUGUUUUUGAUAGUACCAUGCUGUAAUGCAAAGAAAUUAUUCCUUUUACUUUAUAGAAUAAACAUUCUUUACGCCUUUGUCUAA